GGGAGCUCUACCGAAUACGAAACCCAUAAUUGCGGUUGCGGCGGUGGGGCAGUCCGGCGUGGCGGUCGCGGGAGCCAUGGCCCUGGAGGCAGGUGGCGUGGCGGCUUGCUGCGGCGCUGGCUGGCCUGGCGAGGCGACCAGCCUGGCGCUGUCGUCGCUGCGCGACUGCCCGACGCCGCAGGCCGGGGCGGACAGCGCCGACCUCGCCCGAGGCCCAGAGCCGACCGAACCCGGCAGCCUGGAGCCAUCGGAGCUCCGCGGCCCCGAGCGGCCGCCUGGCUGCGCAGAGGGCGCCUGGCCGUCGGAGGGCAGCUUGGCGCCGACGACGCCCCGCAGCUGCUCGCCUGAGCCGGGCGACCCAGGGCCAGGGCCGACUGAAGUGGGCAGCCUCGCGCGUCCGGGUGGCGCGGAGGGCGACCCCGCCGAGCCGGCCAGCUUGGCGCCGGCGGCGCUGCGCAGCAGUCUGGGGCGGCCGGCCGGGGAGGGCAGCGCCGGCCGGGUGGCCGCCCUUCGCCUGGUCUAUGGACAGGGCCCCUCGCGGGGGUGA